AUGGCCCGCACAGGGACACCCAACCAGCCUGCACGCCGCAAAGCAACCGCCAUCAAAGCAGGCCAGCGAUCAGGCCAGAGCACCUUGUUGAGCUUCUUCCCCAGACUCCCCUCCUCUGACCCAUGCGUCUUUAGCCCAAGCACACCAACUACGUUUGUUCAUCGACCCAAACCAGACACAGUAGUCGCUCCACCGAGCAGUGUCGGUGUGCGCUCAUCACCAACACCUGCAGAGAUCAUCGAUGUCCCUGGCUUAUCCUCUGACCCCAUUGUCGCUUCUGGUCAAGUACCACGUCCUGUGCAUACGCGCUUUGACGACGACGACGACAAGGAUAACGACCAUCUCUCCUCAGACUUAUCAGAACCACCGUCAGAUCCCUCAGACAUCGACGAUCUCUCCUUACCUAUCGCCAAACUGGCCAAAGUGAAAGCUAAACAAACACUACCAAAGAGAGUUCCUAUGCUUGGACUGGAAUUCAGCAGUGAAGAGGAUGAAGCACCCAGAGUACCCAAGAAGGGCAAAUCUGGUAGAAAGACACGCAAUGCGAAUGAGCAGAUAGAUGAACAAGGCAGGAAGCUGGACUUCUCCAUUGAGAAACUGUUCAAUGAGCGCCAGGAGCGUCUGCAAGAUAUGGCGUUGGUGGAUCGUGUUGCUCAGGGAGAGAUACCAGAAGAAGAGAUGGAUGAGGCGUCCAACAUCUUGGACCAGACGGCAGAUGAAGAAUCUGUCAAGCGACUUGAGCAGCUGAUGCAGAUUCCCAAGAUGCGUGAAGAAGCGAAUCGACAUGCGCCCUUCUUUCUUCACACUGCACAGAGGGAGACAGAGGCGGCGUUGUUGGAAGAUGUACCGCUAUGGCUUGAUCAACUCCCAGCGUCACUAUCGCUCAAUACACAGCAAGACAUGCUACAUUGGAUCACGAGCAGCGCGUGUGCCAUGUAUAUGCAGUACAACAAUGAAACGUUACCGGAUGAAGUCACCCAGCUUGCACUUGCAUUGUUGUAUAAUGCGACAGAUGAACAUCUCGUGGCAUGUCUAUAUACUAGCCUUCGUGCUCUCCUUCGUGGCGCGCCACUGAGUGAAGAGGAUGUCGUGAAAGCGAUUGCCAAGAUGGGUGGACGUGAUGCUACAUCUACGACGACGACUGCGAAGGAGCAACAACCCUUCAGCUGGCUCCGUGUCCGACAACUCGCUGCACUCGUUCAGCUAGCGACCCAACGCUCCGUCCAACCUGGAACUGUAUCGGCAUUGCUCCCUUUGCUAAUGGAUGAGCAGUAUGCGCCGUGUCUCAUUCGCGAGAUGGAUGCGUUGCUCGUCAAUUACUAUGCAGGUGGUCAACAACUCGAUCUGCAGCGGUUAUGUGAGAUGUGUCCACUUGUUCCAUUACAAGUGACAAUGCUGGAUGCGCUACCAACGAGCUCGCAAUACGCAUGUGAGGAGAUUCAGCGUAUCGCUUGUGCAUUCCUGCAAUCAGGAGAGAGUGUACCUACUUCACCAACGCACGUUGUUCAGGAGCUAGAAAAGGUGUUGACGACGCACAAGCCAUUUCAUCCAUUGAAUGCAACGACUGACUACCCACAUCUCUCUGCAUCCCUCGAUGUCCUCUCACAUGCGUUGAUCCAUCUCGAAGAUCCGUAUGAGCCAUCCCUUGAAACAGGUUCCAUUCCAGCAACGAUACAGACGAUUGGUGGAUUCACACUGCAUUGCUCACCGUACAUUGCGCAAUUGAUUGGGAUGUGUGAAGUUUUGCAACGGAAACAUGCACGGAUUGUGGAUAGCAAAGCGGCGUUGUUGUAUCGGACUGAGGCAAAGAGUAAGAUUCAGCGGUUGCAAGCGCGGCUUCGGUAUCAGGUUGAGGCGCUUGUUGUGUCGAGUGAGGCUGGCUUUGAGCUGCGUGGGUUGUAG